UGAUCGGGAAAACACAAAAUGGACUACCUAAAUGGUUACCGGAGAGAAACACGUGUACUCUAAUGUCAAAAAUUGGUGCCAAUAGCCAAAAUGUUUUCUUUCCCAUCCCACCCAGGCCACACCACAGUCCAAUACCUCUUCGAUUGUAAAACUGAGCUAAAACCCUAAACUCAAACAGAAAGUUCCACUCUCUAACAAAUCUCCAGGAAAUCAAAUUUGAGUACCUGAAUUUGUGUGAAAAUGGUGGUUCGAAUAAGAUUAGCUCGGUUUGGUUGUAAAAACAGGCCAUUUUAUCGAGUCCUUGCUGCUGACAGUAGAUCUCCAAGAGAUGGAAAACAUCUUGAAGUUUUAGGUUAUUACAAUCCGUUACCUGGGCAGGAUGGUGGUAAGAGAAUGGGUCUCAAUUUUGAUAGAGUCAAAUACUGGUUAUCAGUUGGUGCCCAACCAUCUGAUCCUGUUCAACGUAUUCUCUUCAGAGCUGGAGUAUUACCUCCACCGCCAAUGCUUGCCAUGGCACAUAAAGGAGGACCCCGUGAAACUCGCCCUGUUGAUCCUUUGACUGGUAGUUUGUAACAAUAGUGAUCAAUCUACAAGCUCCGAAAGUGCUGAGAACAAGUCAGAGGUUUAAAAGUUAAAUCCAUGAAUACCUCAAGAAAAUCAUGUCUUCGUGUCCUAUUUUGGGCGUUAAAACCAAAUUAUUCCUGCUCAUGCUACAAGAAAAUGAAGCUGCUAUUGACUCAUUUAGUUUCACUUUUGUCGGGGUGGAGAAAAAUUGUAAUCUAGUUUCUUAAAAAGAGAAUCUAGCUCACAUAUGAGCAUUUUAUGCAGAGGAGUUUAGCAAGAAUUUGAUACCUUCCUCCAUAUAUAAGGUUUAAUCUUUCUGACUUUUGAACUGUCAUGUUGAUUCAUAACAGGAUAUGGCCAUGUGUGAGGAAUAAUUGUAUGUUUCGUUUCUGGUUUUUCUUAUUUGCAGAAAAGAUUGCUCUGGUUUCUUCUUAUAA